AUGAGCUCGAACAGUUUUUUGAAAUUGUGUAACUAUGAUGACUUAGUAGCAUCAAUGUUACCUAAAAAGACAAAGUACUGGAAGUACAAGGAACCAUUACACCCACAUCCCAAGCUCCAUUACAAAGUAGGUGAUGUCGAGGGAGCAAUGGAUACCGGUUACAUUGGUGUUUCCCACCAUUCUCGCGACACAUCUUUUGCAAAAAGCACAAAUAACCUAACCUCUAAGCGACCUUCCAUCGCUACCGCCACCAAUCCAGAUCAGCUUUUGAACGCGCUAUACAAGGAUUAUCAAAAAAGGGCUUUUGAAGUGAGUAAGCAAUCAUCUAGGCGAACACCACCUAAAUUUGAGUCAUUAUAUCCUCAAGACUCUUUCUUGCUCAGUAAGAAAGAACUAAACCAUUUGAACACCAAGUUAUUGAUGAAUGUUUUGCUUCGAAGAACAGUGGCGGCAAAAUUAGAAUAUAGACUUAACAACAAUAGAGGAAUCUUGCUUCCACAUUUCAUACAAAAGUCUUUAUCUUCAUCUUCAUCUUCAUCGACUUCCUCCUCAGCAUCUUCAUCUGCUCAUUCCCUACUUUCCCGGACCUCAAGUGCAAACUCGUCAUCCUCGUCUGUUGCAUCGGGAGUUAACAACAACGAUAAUAAUAAUGAUAAUAAUAACAAUGAUGAUGAUGAUGGUGGUGAUGGUAGUGGUAAUGAUGAUGAUAAUGGCGGUUACAAAAAACACCAUCAUACUAAACCAAUAUACUCCAAGCAAACAAAACAAACCGGAACUCCAAAUUCAAACAGUUUAUACAACAACGAUGAUUUGAUCUUACAGAACCAAUCAUUGUUUGGAAGUAACGUUUUUUUCAAAUCGGCAUCGUCGAGUCCUUCACGAGUUUCAAAGCUGAAAAGGACUCAUCUUAACUUGAUAUCGUUUGCCCCAGAACAGCCACAAGGAGACACCGAAAUCACAAGAAAAUCAGGUGAUACAAGCAACACUGGAAACACGACGAUUGCUGGAAAUCAUGUACAAAGUUUAGAUCCCCAAUCAUACAAACCAGAAUCAUUUAUCAAACAUUUAAACUUGAGGGAUUCCAGUAAUUACACGGAACCAAGUAUCAAGAACCUACACGAGAAGGACCUUGAACAACUUGAAGAGACUGUUCAGCCUCCUAAGUUUAGCCUUCAGCCAAGAAGACAAAACUCACAAACUACUCUUUCUAGCUCAGAACAUUCAUCUACAAUGUUCUUAACCAACGAAUCGAUGCUAUCAGUGUCUUUUCAUUCGGAAUCAAAUUUAAAUAUAAUUGCAAACUCAAAUGCAAACUCAAACUCAGACUCAAACGCAAACUCAAAUACACAUCUCCAUGGAGAUACAUUGCACUCUGCGUUUUCCCUAGCACUGGUUUCACCAGUUAGUCUGGCAUCUAAAGAUAAACAGAUAGCACCUACGGUGAAUAUCGAAUCAACAACUACAUCCCCGCAUUAA